AUGGGGACCGGGACCAUUGUACUAGCAUCGAUGCUGGAGGACGGUGCGAGAAAUUACACUGGGGCGUCCGCGCUUUUCCGCGCUUUCUGUCCGACGCGACCAUUCGGACGUCCGCACUUGGUGUCCGACGCGACCAUUCCGACGUCCGCGCAUUGUGUCCGACGCGACCAUUCGGACGUCCGCGCUUUGUGUCCGACGCGACCAUUCCGACGUCCGCGCUUUGUGUCCGACGCGACCAUUCCGACGUCCGCGCUUUGUGUCCGACGUGACCAUUCCGACGUCCGCGCUUUGUGUCCGACGCGACCAUUCCGACGUCCGCGCUUUGUGUCCGACGUGACCAUUCCGACGUCCGCGCUUUGUGUCCGACGCGACCAUUCGGAUGAUGAGGUGGGCGGUGGGCAGGUCCAUUUGCAAUCUUGGUUCCCUGGAAGGUCGAGGGACCCUCCAGGGAACCGGACCCUGCAAGCUGCGGGGUCGGACUCCCGGGCGUCGCGCGUGCAACGCCAGGGAGAUGAAGUCCGACCGGAGAUCAUCUCCCGGGAAGGACCAGCCCGCUUCCAGGGAGAUGAACUCCGGUCGGACUUUAACUCCCCGGCGUUGCGCACGGGACGCCAGGGAGUUGGACCCUGCAGCUUGCGGGGUCCAGUUCCCUGGAAGGUCCCAAACCAUUGGGGCGUCCCACGUGCGACGCUCGACGUCCGCGCUUUGUGUCCGACGCAACCAUUCGGACGUCCGCGCUUUGUGUCCGACGCAACCAUUCGGACGUCCGCGCUUUGUGUCCGACGCAACCAUUCGGACGUCCGCGCUUUGUGUCCGACGCAACCAUUCGGACGUCCGCGCUUUGUGUCCGACGCAACCAUUCGGACGUCCGCGCUUUGUGUCCGACGCAACCAUUCGGACGUCCGCGCUUUCUGUCCGACGCAACCAUUCGGUGCAGUCGCUGACGUAUUUCCAGUAGAAGAAGUGCUUGCGGGCCUAAAGAUUGGAGUUCAGUGGACUGGUGUCAGCGUGGAUACGGGCAUAAUCGACAAGCCAGGCUCUGCAAUCGAUGCCCUGCGCGAUCGCCACGCAGCGAUCUCGGACUGGCUGUGGUGCAUGGUAGCCUUGCACAGUGUCAAGCACGCACGUGCAGUCUACGCACGCAUCAUCAUGGAAUCGGUCAUCAGAGCGUACACGAAAAGGAGCGCACUUCGACUGAAUCGAGCUGGCCUUUUCGAGGAUAUCGGCGUCUCGGGCACGACGCCUGUGCAGAAAAGGCCGGGGUUCGUAAAGAUGUUGGAUUAUGCCAAGGAGCAUAACAUCAACAAAAUUAUUUUCGAAGAUGCCUCUAGACUGGCACGGUGUGUGGUGGUGCAGGAAUUGGCACUGAGCCUGCUGCGAGACAUGGGUUUCUCUGCUAUCUCUGCAUCCAACCCUGAUCAUUUCUUAGAAGACGACUCUCCUCACACAACACUGGUCCGGCAGCUUAUUGGAUCGAUUUCGGAGUUUCACAGAAGUGAGACUGUCACUCGCUUGAAGAAGGGACGAGACAUCAAUCUGCAGAAGUCCAUGAAGGUCACUAUGCAGGGCUCUCCCAAGCUGGGUGGCAAGCCGAAUCGAUUGGAAGGCAAAGAAGGCAAAGUCAUUAAAGGAGUCAUCCGCAGUGUCUUGAAAGACAAGGCGAUCAAGAAAGGUGACCUGGCGAAGAUCUGCGAGAAGCUAUUCCAGAAAGGUAUCUCAACUGCCAAGGGUAAGGUCGUGAGCCACUCCCAAGCCUCGACGUGGGCAAACGCCGUGUUGAAUGUCUAA